AUGUCUCUUAAACAUGUAGCCAAAGCAAUUGUUAUCCACGAACAGGCGAUUUACGACAUCCCAGGGGCCCUCGACACGAUCACCAACAUCACCCACAAAAGAUUUGUGAAUUACAUCGGCCACUCUCAAGGGGCCACAUUGGCCCUCAUCUACUUCUCCGAGUUUCCAACACAUACCAAGAAUAUAGGCACCACUUUGCUUUUGGCACCGAUUAUUGGAUGGCCUGAAAGGACGCAGGAGGAGGCUGACCUGCUGAAGAUCUUGUACAAUGAACUUGUGAAUCACAGUGAGAAGAGGGAUUUAAAUGAUCAAUUCCAUGCCAAAAGUUGGUACGGAAAAAUGAUCCGGUCGUUCUGCAGAGCCUACAGGAAGAAACCGAGUGGUUUCUGUGAAAUUUUCAGAUUCAUAGUUCCUGGAUAUAACAGAUGUGACAAAGAUAUCCCUGUAUCAGAGGAAUUUCUGGACUCGAUGCCUGCUGGAGUAUCUUUCCGUCAGGUUUUGCACUACAUGCAAAUAUACAUGUCCGGUAAAGAUAAUUAUUUACAUUUAGCCAACUCCAGGGCUUCGAUUAUGGACCAGAAGGCAAUAUGGAAAACCAAACAGCCCGAGCCCCCUGUAUAUGAUGCUGGACAUGCAAAGAACGAGCUUUCGGUAUUUUAUUCCGAAGAUGACAAUAUAUGCGCUCACGAUUAUAAAUAA